GCUCUCUCCAGGGGCUCCUCCACCUUUGGCAGCACUGGUUUCUAACUUGGUCUUCGGGCAUACCUGGGAACCUGGAUAGUCACUAGGCUCUCUGAGCCGGCUCUCAUGUGGGAGCCUGCAAAUUGCAUUAUAGGCUUCUCAAAAAACCCAUCGGGUGAUGCUCCUGCCAUCCUGGGAGCAAUCUGCAUUCCUUAUGUGAAAUUCUGCCAAGAAGAAAUAGGCCUUAUGUAUAUAGACCAUGUACAGAUACGGCCUUCAAACAACACUUUCUUUUAUAGAAAUCCAGUGUGAAAUUACUGCAAAAGCAGAGAUGAUUAUACAAAGAGUAGUGCUGAAUUCACGGCCUGGUAAGAAUGGAGUGCCAGUGGCUGAAAACUUCCGACUGGAGCAAAGUACAAUAGCAGAUACAGUCCAAGCAGGACACGUGCUUGUUAAAACUCUCUAUCUCUCAGUGGACCCCUACAUGCGCUGCCGGAUGAACGAGGACACGGGCUCGGAUUACCUGCGGCCCUGGCAGCUGUCUGAAGUUGCUGACGGUGGGGGCAUCGGGGUAGUGGAGGAGAGCAAACACCAUAACCUCGCUAAAGGAGACUUUGUAACUUCCUUCACUUGGCCCUGGCAGACAUCAGCAAUUCUUGAUGGAGACUCGCUACAAAAGCUGGUACCACAGCUUGUAAAUGGACGCCUUUCCUACUUUCUGGGUGCAGCUGGCAUCACGGGGCUGACGGCCCUGUUGGGAAUCAGGGAGAAGGGACACGUGGCCGCAGGUGCAAAUCAGACCAUGGUGGUGAGCGGAGCAGCUGGUGCCUGCGGCUCUUUGGCCGGCCAGAUUGGCCGUCUGGAGGGCUGUUCUAGAGUGGUGGGGAUUGCUGGCACAGAUGAAAAGUGCUCCAUUUUGGUCCAAGAAAUGGGGUUUGAUGCUGCUAUCAAUUACAAGAAGGGGGAUGUGGCAAAACAGCUACGUGAACUCUGCCCAGGUGGUGUGGAUGUUUACUUUGACAAUGUUGGUGGAGACAUCAGUGAUACAGUUAUAAGUCAGAUGAAUCAGAACAGCCAUAUCAUCCUGUGUGGACAGAUUUCUCAGUAUAACAAAGACGUGCCUUAUCCCCCUCCACUGCCUCCUGACAUAGAAAAAAUACAGAAAGAAAGAAAUAUCACAAGGGAAAGAUUCUUGGUGUUGAACUACAUGGACAAACAAGAAGCUAGUGUAUUACAACUCUGCCAGUGGAUCCAAGAAGGUAAACUGAAGGUCAGAGAGACUGUGGUAGAAGGCUUAGCAAACAUCGGUGCUGCUUUCCAGUCCAUGAUGAAUGGAGGCAAUAUUGGAAAACAGAUCGUCUCAGUUUCGAAGUAAAAGUCAUUGGUUCAAGACAAAUAAUGGCAUUCUGUCUCUAACAGUGAGCAAGUUUUUACCUAUACUAAUUUUCAUUUCUUAAAUAAACCAUUAAGUUGCUCUCUAUGUACUGGAAGCAGAGAUUUUGGGAUGCUAAUAAAUUAAAUUGAACUGGAAA